UGGGAAAGCCCAACCAGAAAUAUCUUUGUCAAGGACUAUACCUUGGACAUAUCUUGGAGUCUAUGGGUAUUGCUUCUAAAGGAAAGAAGUAUGGAGAAAGAUACUGGCUAUACUACUUAUCCUCCAAAGGAGAAAACAGAGCCAGUGCCAGUACCACUGCAGAAGAUAGCUCAUCAGAUAAUGUCCUACUCAUCCAUAUGGCAAAGACUACCAAAAGAAAGCAAGUGGUGUCCCCCUCUCCCUCCAUUGAAGCACCACAGAAUCUUGCCUUGGUAUGUUUGGAAGAAGAAGAAGUCUCUGACCAUGGAGAACUUCAAAGGAAGAAGAAGAGAAAGAUCAACUCUUCAUCAACAUCCAAAGAUGUCGAUUCGGAUGAGUUGAAGGAGAGGGAAACUGCUGAGGAAACCUCUAUUCAAAACCAGAGCCCUCAACAAUUUGAACAAGAAAUCCCUCCAGUCCAAAGCCUUCCAACCUCAUCUCAGCCUCAUACAGAUGACGCUAACAACAAAUUCUGGCAGCUCUACUAUAAUUGGAGAGCUUGGAAAGUUGGAAAUUCAGAAGAGCAACUGUUGGAUUGGGACCAACAGCUGAAGAAUGAAAAGAUUAUCAAGAAAUGCCUAGGAUUACCAGUCAACCACUGCUGUGAAGACAUCUUGGAUGACUACUGGGUAUGGCAAAGGAACAAUGAGGAUCUGCAUCUGGAACACUUGGCCACUACACCAAUUUCAGACUUUGAAGCAGAUGAUGAAGAUACUGCAGUCUACAAGCCAGUCUUCUCAAAAGCCACAGAAGAUCAAAUGGCUCCCACUUCUGAAGAAAUAGCUGUUUUGGAAACAACUGCUGAGGAUUUCCCUAUCUUUACGGAAACCUCACCUGCGUUCGAAAUGGUUCUGACUGAAACUGUUCAAGAGAAGGCAGCCUCUCCCCCACAAGAGCAGAACCAGGAAGCAACUGAAGAAGAAGAAUUUCAGCGACUGAUCCAAUCUCAAGUGCUUGAGAUCCUCACAACUCCUUGUGAGAACUUCAAUCAGACACAACUUGAGAUUCUGGAAAAGUCAGCAGAAAUUCCGGAACAGUUAGCUAUUCCAGAAAUUAUGGAGAAAGAAGUAGAAGUCCAAAGGCACUCUGGAAAAGCUGAGAGGGAAUCUCAGAUGGCAGAAGAGGAGGAGAUAAGUAAAUCAGUAGAAAAGACUCUAGAGAUCAUCUCUCUAUUGAGUAAAACUGUGAGCAAUACGAUGGAAAUAUACACCUCUGACAGUCAACUGCAAUUCAAUGAAUUCAACAAAGUCAAGGAGCAAAUAGCAAAUGUCACAAUUGGUCUGCAAAAACAGAUGUCCCUUCUCCAAAUGGACAUCAGAUCAGCCCUAGCUAUAGCUUCAGCAAAUCAAGUAGUAACCAAAGACUACUUGAAGGUGAUCAUUGACAAUCAAAAGGAAGCAUACAAGCUGUUCAGACUUAUUGGUGCACAUUCUGGGAACCGCAAGAUGGAAGUAAUUCUCCAACAACACAGUCCAUCUCCAAUACCACAGCUCCCUAUUGCAGUCAACGAAGGAGAAGCAUCUUAUGUCCCUUCUCAUCUGCACAUGACUAAUCUGAUCCUUGAAGCACAGCAAAGAAAUCCGGAAAACUCAGCACAGCACCUAUCCAGCUCAGGACUGGAUGGAACAGAAUUUAUAGGUGCAGUGGCUGACCACUUCUCAGAUGCUGCUCAAACAGAGGAAAGGCGUGAAAACCUAAGGCGCAUCAAAGAACUGUGUGGGAACAUGCAGGGCAUCAGUGAAGUUGCCGGAUCUUCAAAACGCAAAAGGAACUGAAGGUUCUUUUCAUCAAACCAGGGGGAAACACAUACAUUUAGGGGGAAUGUAAUUCAGGGGGAACUUACCUAGUUUUGGCUAACAAUUAUUUUUGGCAAUGAAUUAUUGAUAAGCUC